GGUUCAUCUCCACCCUAACUGUUUCUCGACUCACAUCAGAUGAAGUGAUUCAGAUGCGUAAUGAGCUCUUCACCAAAGAGAAAGAGAGGCAGUUGUCACUUUAUCCACGAAUUGAGAAAAUUGAAGUAAAGUACACUGGGAAAUCGCACCCUGGCAGUGUGUUUGUAAUGAACAAAGCUUUGUCUACUCCGUACAAUUGUGCCAUGCACUUAAGUGAAUGGCACUGCAAGAAAUCUGUUCUAGCUCUUGUGGAUGGUGAAGUCUGGGAUAUGUAUAGACCCUUGACCAAAUCAUGCGAAAUUCAAUUCCUUACUUUCAAAGAUGAAGAUCCAGAGGAAGUAAACAAGGCCUAUUGGCGUUCAUGUGCCAUGAUGAUGGCAUGUGUGUUAAAGCGGGCAUUCAAAGAUGAGUACUCAGUGACUCUGAUUAAAGCUCCAGAAGUGCCAGUGAUCUCUGGAGCUUUCUGUUAUGAUGUAAUUUUGGACAAUAGACUGGAUGACUGGAAACCCACGAACGACAACUUCUCCUCUCUUACAAGGGAUGCCGGAAAGCUAAUUCAUAAAGACCUGCCAUUUGAAACACUGCAUGUUGAAGCAAAAGUAGCACGUGAAAUGUUUCAGCAUAACAGGUAA